AUUGAGGCCGAUCGUAUAUUGUACUGCCUGCCAUGAUGAUGUAUUGACUUGGACAAAUGUCCCGACCUCGUACGAAGUUCGCUCCUUACAUCGAGGCUUUGAAGGCGAUUUCAACUCGUACCGGAUCACCAUUGCCAUCGCUGGUCCUAUCAUUUGCCAUCCUGCAUGAGUUCACCGCUAUAGCGCCGCUUGCUGGGUUCUUUCUCGGUGCACGAACACUUGGAGUAGGCGAUCGAAUAGUACAACAGGUUGCUCAACCACUAUCGGAUCCUGAUUCGGUAUAUGGCAACUUGGCAAGAGAGAAGUGCAGACAAUGGGUAGAUGAAGGCGGAAAGUGGGCACAGAGAGUUGGAACUCGCUAUGGAGUAUUUGGCUUUGAGAAGCAGAGCAAAAACGAUAGGACUAGAGCGGGGCAAGAAGAUGCCGUCAUCGUGGAUGGUGCCUUGUCUUCUAGGCUGGCUGGAGAUGCGGCAAAUGCGAUUCUGGCAUAUGGACUCACUAAGGCUUUGCUUCCGGUACGAAUAGGACUGUCACUGUAUUUUGCACCUGCAUUUUCUCGAGGAGUAGUAGAGCCCUUGCGCCUUACAUUACUACGCGUAUUUCGUCGAUCGUAGUAGAUGUGGAGGUUUAUGACAUGAUUUGUGGGACAUCUACAGUGUACACUAUUCGCUUUGGUAUUUUCUUAUAGUCUAAUAUUGAACAGUUGAAAUCGGUUUCAAAUGAAUUCUAUUGUGGGCGUUUAUUUC